UAAUUUUUUUUCUGUUUGGAAAGCUCACAGCUUGUUUAGCUGUUUGUUCAAAAUCUUCUCAAAAUGCUGUCGCCUCAUUUGAUGACCCCGAAACAGUACGAGCUGUAUGACAAAGUCAAGUAUACGAAUGGAUUCCUCUCGCUGCAACACAAUAAGCUGGGCAUACCUGAAGCUCAAGCAAUUGCUGUGGCAAUCAAAGAGAAUGCGGCAUUGCAUGAGGUCCAUCUGGGCUGUAACCAAAUUGGAGAAGCGGGAGCGCAGGCGAUUGCUGACGCACUCAAGGUAACCACGUCGGUUACUGGAUUCCAUGCUCACCGCAACCAGAUUGGCGACGUUGGAGCGCAGGCGAUUGCUGAGGCGCUCAAAGCGAACACGACGAUAACCAAGCUCGAUCUGAGUCUGAACCAGAUUGGCGACGUUGGAGCGCUGGCGAUUGCUGAGACACUCAAAGUGAACAAGACCCUGACGUCCGUUCGUUUGAAUGAUAACUUCUUGACCCACGUCGGAAUUUCUGCUCUCAGACAAACAGGCAAUACCAUUUGUAAAUUCAAUUUGGAAAACCAAAAAGUUCCACCACCUGCCGCAUCGGUUCAGAUGACAGGCAGUGUCGCAGCAACCCCUCAGCCCCAACCUUCUGUCAAUCUUGCAGUUGAGAAUCAGCAAUUGCGCUCCGAACUCGCUACCAAAGAGCAAGUCCUCGCUGCAAAAGUUCAGGAGCUCGCUUCCAGAAAUGAGGCGCUCGGGACCAAAGACCAAGAGCUCGCUACCAAAGACCAAGAGCUCGCAACCAAAGUGCAGGAGUUGCAACAACUGCGCUCAAGUCUCGCUGCCAAAGAUCAGGCGCUCGCUGCCAAAGAUCAAGAACUGAAGUCAGCUCUUGAUCGGAUUGACGUCCUUGAGCGCAAUCAGCCCGCUGCUGGAUCCGCGUCGAACUUUGACGGACCCAUCCCACAAGUUCCUCUCGCAACUCUUGUCGCCGCCACGAACAACUUUGCCGCUGAUUCUCUGCUUGGAGAAGGAGCAUUUGGUCGCGUGUACGACGCCAGUUUGCCUGGCCCUCGCGUUGCCAUCAAGAAGUUGUCUGCCGAAUCCAAGCAGGGCACGGUUGCAUUCAAGUCGGAACUGGACUCUUUGUCCAAAUUCCGUCACGCAAACAUCAUUGCGAUUCUGUCGUAUGCAGAGGAAGGUGACGAGCGAUGCCUGGUCUACGAAUUCAUGCCGAAUGGUUCAGUUCGCGAUCGCUUGAAUCUGAAGAACAACACCCCUCCGCUGACCUGGGCCCAGCGCCAUAAGAUCGCGGCCGAUGUCGCCCGCGGCAUGCACUACGUCCAAACGGCCUUUCCUGACCAUGCCCUGUUCCACCUCGACCUCAAGACGGACAAUGUUCUGCUGGACGCGUACUUUAACGCAAAAGUGUCUGAUUUCGGUCUCGUCCGAGCUGCUCAACACCUCGAUGAUAAAAGCUACCUGCGUACUCAAAACGUUCAAGGCACAGCUGCUUACAUGUGCCCCGAGUUCUUUGCCGAGGGCAGAAUGACCAUCAAGACGGACGUCUUCGCCUUUGGCAUGAUUCUGCUCGAGCUCGCGACCGCCGCCAAGCCCGGGCCCAGACUGAAAACUGAUAUGCGCAAGGCUGUGAAAACCCAGAAAUUCGUUGAGAUGCUGGACUCGGCCCUCAAACCAAGCGAGACAGAGCUCCAGAGCAUCAGCGAGCUUGUCAUGCUUGCGAUGGAGUGUCUUGACGACGCUGCAGACGAUCGCCCGUCCUUUGGUAGCAUCCUUGUUUCGUUGGAUCCGUGAUGAUCCAUCGGAUCGCUGAAACCCUUUGAGAAUGGGGCGAUGGUCCGCAAAGUUGGGGCUCUGUCGUGAACGCAAUCCGCCUGCAUUUCGUUGAAUUGUGCUCUUGCAUGAUUGUCGUUUGGUGUUUUUGAUGGAACGUCGGCGUUGUUUUUGUGUGUUGCCGAAUCACUUUGUUCAAUCCGAUAGUCAGUCUGGAAA